AUGUCUGUCGAAAUCAAAAAAAGAACGGGACUUGCCGUUCCAGAGGGCAGUAACAAGAGAAGAAGGUCCAUCAUUCCAGUCAGCAGUAACCCUACCAACGAUGAAGGCGUGUCUCAAUGUUUUUAUAAGUUUUCGACUUCUCUCUAUGUGUCGCUUGCUCCUGCUCAUCUCAACAGUCCUAUAAAUGGUCUCAAAGCUCAACACUUGGAUCCGCUCAUUAUGACAUAUUUACCUAAAGCUGGUGGUGUGGUUUUGUCAUACUCCAACAUCAAGCUUUCUGAAGACAACUCCAGUGAAGAUGCUGAGGGCAAUGCCAUCACUGUGUCCAAGAUCGAAGGCUCUUCUCCAUUCACGUUCUUAUGGAUAACUGUAGACUUCUUGAUAUGGAGGCCACAAGUCGGAGACGUCUUGGAAGGUUACAUUUACAUGCAAACGGCUUCCCACUUGGGUUUGUUGAUUCAUGAUACAUUCAAUGCCUCCAUUAAGAAGUACAACAUUCCUAACAACUGGCAGUUCAUUCCUAGCCAGGAAGAUGAAAUUGCAGAUGCGGCAACCAAGUCGUUUGGCUACUGGGUAGAUGAGAACGAGAGUAAAAUCGAGGGCAAGUUGAAGUUCACAGUCAAGACCAUUCACACCUCGGGCAAAGUUGUUUCUGUAGAAGGUACAUUGAUUAAACCCGGUGCUGAAAGAGAUGCUCAGCCUAUAUUCAGAGAACGUCGUUCUUCCACAUCUUCGCAAUCGGGAAAGAACAAGCACAAGAAAUUUGGUGACGACGAUAGCAUUCCCACACUAAGCGAGAUCGCUGAACCUAAAGAUGAAGAUGAAUUUCCAGCUUACAUAAAGGAAAGCGACAAUGAGAAUAUUGACGAAGAUAGUGCUAUCGUCAACAAGUCUGACUCUGAUGAGGCCGACAAUUCCGAUUAA